AUGUUGGCGCGGUUUUAACAGGCAGCACACGUUGAGGAGCUGGUUGUCUGCAUCAAAGCAGCUACGAGGGUUCUCGCGGUGACUGUAAAUCUUGUUCACUGAGCUACUUAAGUAUUUGCUUACCUUCUCCUCUCUUGUCCGGCGUGUUGUGUCUGCUGUCGACCCCGUACGCCCACUCCUUCAGCCCCGGUAGACGGAUCGUCUUCGUCUCGCCCACGAUGUGCGUACCGACUCGAAUUGUAGGAUGUCUAGUCUUGAUGUUCUUCUUAGCGACGGACGAGGCACAUGCCCGGGCACUUCCAACUACCAGUGAUGAUGCCGAAGCGUUGCCUAGCGACGAGGUUCGUGUUCUAAACAAGUAUGACUGUGUGUUGGUUAUCUUCAAGAAUCCAGACCAGCUACCGGAUUGCGUCAAUGAGUUCUUCAAAAAGAAGGAUUCCUUGGCCAUGAUCCAUAUGCUCCGAGAUGAACUUGAGAAAAGCGAGUCAAACGAAGCGGAGACGUCAAAGAAGACUGGAGAUGGUUCGGCGGACGACGUAAACAUUCCCACUAAAAGGGUAGACGAGGUGGCUGACGUAAAUGACCAGCUUGGGGAGGAUCUGCACAGUCUCUCAAGAAAGUCACCACCGGUCACAGUUGAGAUCAUGGACACCGAUGCCGACGUCACUGAAGAUGAUGACGACGAUGAUGAUGAUGACAACGACACCAUUGACAAUAAGGAGAAGAAAGGAGAUGCCGCCACCGAAGACGACACUGACGACGAUGACAAUGAUGAAGAUGUUGAAGGAGAACUCUUAAACAAAAAUCUUCAAGAUGAUGGUGGAGAAGAAAGUGAUGAUGAUGAUGAUGAUGAUGACGAUGACGAUGGCAACGACACCAUUGACAAUAAGGAGAUGAAAGAGGAUGCCGCCACCGAAGAAGACGAUGACGACGAUGAUGAUGAUGAAGAUGUUGAAGGAGAACUUUUAAACCAAAAUCUUCAAGAUGAUAGUGGAGAUGAUGAUGAUGGUGAUGAAGAUCAGAGUCAAGAAGGAGUGGAGGAAGUCAAAGAUGCAAAUGCGGAUGAAGAAGAUUCAGAAGACGCUGAAGAUGACAACGAAGAAGACGAUGAUGAUGGUGACAAUGAUCACGAUGAAAAAGGGGAGGCAAAUCUUAAGGAACAGCAGACUACCGAUGACGAUGACGUCGACGAUGACGACGUUGAUGAUGAAGGAGACGAAGGAGAUGACGAAGGAGAUGAUGAAGAUGAAGAUGGAGAUGACGAUAAUGACGUAGAGGAUAGCGAUAAAGAGAAAGAAGGAGCUACCGAUGAGGGCGCUUCACAUGAUGGAGAUUCAUUGUCAGAUGACGGGGAGGCGACUGAGGAGGAGACUGAAACUCUCAUCACCAAAAUCUACAACAUUUUGCAGUCACUUAUCAACCGAAAGGAAUCAGACGCAACUGAAAGCUCAGAAGAUUUGAACUACGAUGACAAUGACAGCGACGAUGACGACGACGAUGAUGGUGAUGACGAAGAAGGAGAACAGACCAACGAGAUACUACGUGACAGUCAGGAGGAAGGAGGUGAUGGUUAUUACGACAGCGACGAUGACGACGAAGAUAAUGUCAUUAAGAAUAAAUAUGAUGAUGAAGAUGAUGAUGAUAACGACAGCGACGGCGACGAAGAUGACGAUGGUGAUGAAGAAGACACUAAUGGCCUUAAAGAAGGUAUGAAGCCAGACACUGAAUAUAAUGAUGAAGAAGGCGCUGAGAAUGAAGCUACUGCAGAUGGGAAGGAUAGAGACAGGGAUGACGAAGAUGAUGAUGAUGAAGAUGACAAUAAGGUGAUCGACAAGAACACUCCAGCAGAUGGUGACAAUUACUCUGAUGGGGAAAACGAUGAGAAUGAUGAUGAUGAGGAGGAGGAGGAAGGAACGGAUGAAGAUGGAGACGAGAAAGAUGAAGAUGCGGAUAUGGAGGAAGAUGCGGAUAUGGAGCAAGAGCUUGAAGAAAUCAGCAGGUUGCAAAAUGCUGGUGACCAAUCUGCCGACGAUGAUGAUGAUGAUGAUGAUGACGAAGAUGCAGAUGUUGGUAAUGUUGAGGAGGAGGAGAAAGAAACCAAGAUGGAAGAUGAGGAGUUUAAACUUGUCAAGGAGCUGAGGGAGGCCCUCUCUAAGUCAGAAAACGGUGAUGACGUAGUGGACGAAGAUGACUUCAUCGGGCAGCUGCAGCACGUUGCGGACAACAAAUCUAAAAGAUAAUGUCACAAUAGCGCCCUCUUCGCCGUCAAAGGAGUAGAGUCUGUUUACUUUGCAAUUUUAGUUGAUUUCCGACGAGGAAAACUAAAGAUUAUUUCAAAUUCCUUAUGCUAGUUUUCUGGAGUGAAGUGAAAUUUCUCAAACACACCAAAUCAUUUAAAAAUGUGAUACUGUAUUAACGAUUUUGUACUUUAACUAAACGAGCUGUGAAAAACAGCCUUACAGUUUUAGGCUUGUGUAAAACUUAUCACCGUGGAAAUUAUAACAUGUCAUGCAUCUAUGGUUAAUAAGUUGGUUAAAUAAGUUGUGACAGUAGACAAUAAGAGACUUUUGGGACGCUUGGUUGCAGCAGACUUUCCAGGUAAAGUGCGCAUGCUCAAAACUACGUAUGGAAAUUUACCUGUUAAGUCUGCUGCCACCUACCGUUCCGAAGUCUCCCAUUACUUUUUAGUGGCAGAGGUUCCCUGAUAAAUAUCAUUGAGACGAAGCCGCAUAUAGUGAAAACGUAUUUGCACAAGUCAGCCCUGCCAUUUUCUCACUCGAAAAAUUCAUUUUUGAUGAAAGUAUACAGAGAUACUGUAUUGCCAUAAAAACGCGAAAGUGCACAAGAGGUGAGGACACUAGACCUUAUGCACAUGACGUCAUUUCAGUAAGGCGCCCUCACCUAGUGGUCAAAAGGAGGUUGUUCAUUGGCCAAUACUGUGCGCCGCGUGUACAGAUCUGUCGUCUCGAUUGUUUGGUCACCGUUUUUCCUCGAAGAUGGCGGCUGGAUGACGUCAAUGCAUUUGGUUUAUUCACAUCCAUACAUAGUAUGCCUUCGAAACUUUGAAAUGGAAAAAAAUUCCCUCAAUUACUUAGAAUGGCUCAAUUGUAAGAAACAAAGAUAUUCGAGUAAGGCUGUUUUGCCAUGGAAGGGCCGAAGUAGACCUCUUGGAUGUGACGUCAUAAGCCGAAACCAUUGGCUGAGAGUUGUGCGUGGCGCGUACAUGGUUGAUAGCUCUAGCUCUGUGUUGCAAACACUAUCUGUACAUUCCUCUGUUCUGUGCACUUAAAAAAAAUCUUCAACACUACGAAUAGACACUGUGGGAUGUCCACUUAUUCAAACCCUUUAACAAAAAGGGGCAGGGUGUUUGCCAGAGUGUGGACGUCCUUGCUUCUCUUUUGGCGACUCGAAUAGGCUAUAGUUACACACAAUUAUUAAGUAAAUUUAAAUCACUAACACAGCCUACCCCUUUCAUGUAAACUUUUUAAUUGUAUCUAUUGCAAUAAUGUACAGAUUUUUGUAUGGUGCCCUUUCAUACUUGGGGUGUGGUGGUUAACCGUGAAUGUUUCCCUUCUAUGUUCUUUUUUAUACUUUAGAUCUGUGGUUUAAACCUAGACUUGUUAAGUUAGAGAUAAACCUCGUUAAUAGGAAUGACUUUAAAAUUGAGAAUGAUGUGUUUCAUUUGAGUUGAACUCUUUGUACACAAAUAAUAUGUCUAAAAUAA